GUUGUAUUUUUUCCGCCGGGCUUGAAAGGGUUGAAUAUCAAACUAAUUCUGAUAUAAAUAAUACAGUAAAUUUCACUGCAGUAUCAUAAAUCUUCCGUUGCGUGACAACAACGAUGGCUUUCAACGGGAUUGCUCUGCUCAUCACCGCCACGAUCUUCAUCGGAUCCUGCUAUGCAAACUACUGCGAUUCGUCUCUGUGCCGUCAGGGACCGCACGUUGCUUGCAAUGCGCCGCAACAAUUCGGGCCCGCUUGUGGCAACAAUCGUAAGUUCGUACCGAUGGACUCCAAACUGAAGACCAUCAUCUUGAACACGCACAACAAACUACGGGCAGAGAUUGCCAAUGGGAAGCACGGCUUUCCGCAGGCUGCUCGUAUGCCAACCCUGGUAUGGGAUGAUGAACUGGCCCACAUUGCCUCGUUCAACGCAAGGAAGUGCAUCUUUGCCCAUGACAAAUGUCGAAACACUCGGCAGUUCAAGUUCUCGGGACAGAACUUAGCCAUCACCACGUUCUACGGGUUCAAUUUCCAGGCUGGAGAUCGCGCGGAGAACUUCACCCAGGAGUGGUUCAACGAGCAUAAGGAUUGCCCUAAGUCGUACGUUGAUGCGUAUCCGUCCAGUCAUCGGGGACCACAAAUCGGACACUUCACGCAGCUGGUAAACGAUCGCACAUGGAAGGUCGGUUGUUCAAUGAUGCACUACAUAACCAACGGAAAAAUGAUCAACUACUACUUGGUGUGCAAUUACACGAUGACCAACAUGAUCGGCGAGCCCAUUUACACCAAGGGACGUACCGGAUCCAAGUGCGAAACCGGUCAGAACCCGCAGUUCAAGGGGCUUUGCAGCCCGCGAGAAAGGGUCAAAUCGGAAUCUUAUAACGGUUAGGACGGAACGUGUCCGGAAUGACACAGAAACGAAAAUGUAACGUAGACGUUGUUGGCCAGGAAUACCCUUAAUAUGCAUCAAAGUGAAAUAAAAUGUCAAAUUAAUUUGAA